CACAAAAAUGUCUAAUGAAAUCGAUGAUGAUGAUGCCUUCUUGUAUGGAUCUGAAGACGAAGGGGACGCUCAAGUUUCCAAGAAACAAAAAUUAGAAUCAACAACUCAAGAUCAAAAAGAAUCGGCAACAACAGAGAAAGGAGAAAGUAAAGAAGAUAGCAACGAGGAUGAAGGUGAUGAUGAAGACGGUGAUUCAGAUUCAGACUCAGAUUCAGAUAUAGAGUUCAUUAUAGGAUCUGAAGAACCUAAAACAACUACCAACACUUCACAAGAAACUCAAGCUCAACAAUCAGGUACAUCAGCAGCCCCUUCAACUUCUGGUGUGACAGUUCCUGAAACAAUUGAUGAAAUAACAGAUACAACUCAAACUGAAGCUCCAAUAGGCGAUUCCUCUACUCAAGCUACAACAACAGAUGCAACAAUUACAAGAAUUCCAGGUAUAGAUAUAAACAAAGUUGGUGAAUUUGAAGGUAAACCAAUCACUUCAAUAAAUUUACAAGAUUUGAAAGAAAAACCAUGGAGACAACCAGGUGCUGAUGUCUCUGAAUAUUUCAAUUAUGGAUUUGAUGAAUUUACAUGGACAGCAUAUUGUUCUAAGCAAGAUAAAUUAAGAUCAGAUUUCAAUCCUCAAAAAGUCAUGAUGAGUAUGAUGCCAAUGGGUAUGCCUCCUAUGAUGAUGGGUAUGCCUGGAUUUCAAAUGCCUCCAGGUGGCCAAAUGCCUCAAAUUCCACAAGGUCCUCAGCAACAACAGCAGCAACAGCCACAAGUACCCCCACCUCCUCCACAAGGUCUUCCAUCACAACCACAGCAAAUGAGUGGUAACGAGAAAACCAUGUCUUUGAAUCCUAAUUUACCAAAAGCUCCAAGAGAAAGAGAUCCAAGAGAUAGAAUGGAGAGAGAAAAUUCCUGGGGUCAAAAUGAUGGUAACAACUAUAGAGACCGUGAACGCAGAAAUCGUGGGAGAAGGUAAAAUUGUAUAGUGAAAAUGAAUAUUUGUAUAAUAGAUGAUCGAAACAUAGGUAAUCUUUGGUAAUUAUUUGUCUUCUACAUCUUGAAUCAUUAAAAAUUAAUAUUCACUAAUUAACUGUCCCUAUAUUACAUAUUUUGAGUCAACAAU